AUGCCCAUCGCAACUCCCCGCCCUCUCACUCAAGGUCAAAGCGAUGUCUCCCUCGACCUCGUACAGCCGUACAGCAACUUUCCUCUCAAGGUCACCGGACCGACCGUAUGGAAGGCCGAAGACUUCCGCUCCAAGCCGGAUCUUUGGAAGAAGCAGUGGUCGGCCGAACAGAUUCGCGAUUUGGAGCAGGCGUAUGAUCGUUUCAAGGAGAGUGGCAAGCCGAUCACGGCGAUCACCAAGGAAACCUUCCCGCUUUCCAACGAGAUUGCCGAGUUUCUUGCGGACAUCCGAUCACAGAUCGUCGAUGGACAGGGAUUCAUCUUGAUCGAAGGGUUACCCGUAGAGAGCUGGGAGGUGGAGAAAUCCACGGCUCUUUACCUUGCUAUCGGUACGCAUUUCGGGAACACCCUCAGUCAAAACGGGAAGGGACACGUUCUUGGCCACGUCAAGGACUUGGGCAACGACCCGACCCAGAUCGAUAGGGUGCGAAUCUACUCCACCGCCGCCCGUCAAUUCUUCCACACCGAUGCGGCCGAUAUCGUCGGACUGCUCUGUCUGCACAAGGCCAAGGAGGGUGGCGAGUCCGACGUCGUCUCGGCCCACAACCUCUGGAACGUCUUGCAAGCCGAACGACCCGAUAUUGCCGAGAUCUUGACCCAGCCGAUCUGGUACUUUGACCGUAAAGGUGAAGUCUCAAAGGGUCAAAAUGGUUGGGUGCAGAAGGCCGUCUUCUACUUUCACGACGGCAAGGUCUUGUCCAACUACGACCCUUACUUUGUCAGGUCGAUCGGACGUCACGUCGAGGCUGGCUUGAUCCCGGGCUUGUCGGAAAAGCAGAAAGAGGCGAUCGAAGUGUUUGAACAGACCGCUCAGCGAUUGUCCUUGCACAUGGUACUAAAGGUCGGGGACAUCCAGUUCGUGGCAGAUACCCAUGUCUUCCACGCAAGGACGGCAUACACCGACUAUGCUGCUCCGGCCCCUCGUCGUCAUCUCUUGCGAUUGUGGCUGGCGACUCCCGAAAGCCAAGGAGGUUGGAAGAGGCCGUUCCCGGAUAGCGCUCAUGACAAGCGGGGAGGGAUCCAGGUCAACGAUCAGGCCGAGACUUGCCCGUUAGAUGCCGAAUAG